CUUCACCACAGACAGACACACACAUUUCCAAUUCCUAUCCUUAAUCUUUCUAUUUACUUUUUGCUUUCUCAAAAAUCAACAACAAAAUAGUUUUUUUUUUUUUUUUUUUUUUUUUUUUUUUUUUGAAAUAUUUAUCAUGAUGUUUCCAAUGGUUCUUCUAAGGCUUGUAGAUUUGGUUUUGUACCAACUACUUGCAAAUUCAUACUAUAGAGCUGCAAGAAAAAUGAAAAGUUAUGGUUUUAAUUUAGCUUAUCUUUCAUCUAAACCACCUCAUCAACCUUGUUCUUUUCCUAGUAUAACAAAAUGUGAUUUACAAGGUAGAAUGUCACAAACAAUUGUUUGUGACAUUCAUAGAGUCCUAUUAAGGUCUCAUUCAUUUUUUCCUUAUUUCAUGCUUGUUGCUUUUGAAGGUGGCAGCAUUUUUAGAGCAUUUUUCUUGCUUAUGUCUUGUCCUUUACUCUUGAUUUGUGAUCAUGAGUUAAAACUAAAGAUUAUGACUUUUAUAACCUUUUGUGGUUUAGGAAUAAAGGACAUGGAAAAUGUUUCAAGGGCUGUUUUACCAAAGUUUUAUUUAGAGAAUCUUAAUCUUCAAGUUUAUGAGAUUCUUGCUUCAGCUGGGUCUAAAGUUGUUAUCACAAGUGUGCCUAGAGUUAUGGUAGAAGGAUUUUUGAAAGAGUAUUUGAGUGUCGGUGAUGUUUUAGGCACAGAGUUACACACUUUUGGUUGCUACUUCACUGGUUUUCUCACUAGUUCUGGCUUACUUGUUAAGCAUAGAGCACUUAAGGAGUAUUUUGGUGAUAGAAAACCUGAUAUUGGAAUUGGAACUUCAAGUUUACAUCAUCAUCUUUUCAUAUCCACUUGCAAGGAAGCUUAUGUGGUAAACAAUGAAGAAAACAAGAAUAGUCCAAAUUCAAUCAUGCCAAGGGACAAAUAUCCAAAGCCAUUAAUAUUUCAUGAUGGAAGAUUAGCAUUCUUGCCAACACCAUUAGCAACACUCUACAUGUUCAUGUGGCUACCAAUUGGAAUUAUUUUAGCAAUUUAUAGAAUACUUCUUGGUAUUUUCCUUCCUUACAAAUUAGCACUUGAAUUAGGAGUUUGGAGUGGCAUAGAUCUAAAAAUCAAAGGCACUAUCCCUAAAAAAACAAAACCAAACAAAGGUGUUUUGUUUGUAUGCACACAUAGGACAUUGUUGGAUCCUGUUUUCUUAAGCACAUCAUUAGCAAAGCCAUUAACUGCAGUAACAUAUAGUUUAAGCAAAGUUUCUGAGUUCAUAGCACCAAUAAAAACAGUGAGAUUAACAAGAGACAGAAAACAAGAUGGUGAAACAAUGCAAAAGUUACUAAGAGAAGGUGAUUUAGUUGUUUGUCCUGAAGGAACAACAUGUAGAGAACCAUAUUUGUUAAGGUUUAGUUCAUUGUUUGCUGAGUUGGCUAAUGAGAUAGUGCCUGUGGCAAUGAAUACUCAUGUCAGCAUGUUUUAUGGGACCACAGCAAGCGGAUUGAAGUGUUUGGAUCCUAUUUUUUUCUUGAUGAAUCCUAAGCCAAGUUAUCAUAUUCAAAUUCUUGGGAAGGUACCUAAAGAACUUACAUGUGCUGGAGGAAAGUCAAGUGUUGAAGUGGCUAAUUAUAUACAGAAACAAUUGGGUGAUGCUUUGAGGUUUGAGUGUACAAAUUUUACUAGGAGGGAUAAGUAUAUGAUGCUUGCAGGGAAUGAAGGGAUUGUUCAACAAGUUAGUAAUUUGAAAAAAUGCUAUUGAUGAUCAUCCUAUAUAUGUAUAUGCUUAUGAAGUUAGUCCAUCCUGUUUUUUUAUUUUAUUUUAUACUUCAUUUUAUUUAUUUUUGGUUUCCAAAUUAAUUUGUUGUCUUGCUUGUUCUUGUUUGAUAUGACAUUUAUGAGUUGUGACAUUGAAGGAAUGAAAGUGUCUUGGAUAUUAGUGUA